GUUUGAGCGGGAAUUAAGAAGAAAAGGAUAGGGCAUUCGCCCCAUUUCAACUCGUUUUCGAGUUUACACAGAUUGAAAUGACCAGAACUUGAUAUGAACGCCGAAUUGCGUCGUUCAGCUGUUGAGUUCCUCAUUGUCUCAUCUCUGCAACUUGGCGUCACUCCAGUUGUGAAAUACACCGCUUUAUCAAUCUUUGUUGAACGCUUUUUACCAUCUAUCAAAAAUAAUAACAGGUCUUUACGGAAAAAGCAUGGCGAUAACUGGCUUUUGCAGCCUUUGAGACAAUGCAACUUGCAACUAUUUGCUCUCGUUUCAGUUUGGGUGUCGAGUAAAAUACAUGAUACUAGGCCUCUUUCUGUACAAAGUUUGAAGUCUUUGGGAGAUGUAGCUAUAAAGGAACAACACUAUACUACACGAGAUUUCCUUGAAGCAGAGGUGGUUUUAUUGCAGCAUCUCCAGGUGCUUGAUUUCGAGAUUGGUGCAUCGAAUGUUGCUUAUGUCUUCUUAGAAGACUUUCUAAUUCGGUUGAGGAAACUGGCGCGGGUAGGAGAUCUUGUAAAACUCAAAGCAUGUAUGGACAUAAUGGAUGUUCUAUAUGAAACAGAAGAGACAUCAGUUCUGUAUAAUUCUCCCGAUUUUCUUGCUGCAGCUAUUCUGGCAUGUUUCUUUCUCAUGUUAUCAGUCGCCUCGUACGUUAUAAGUGUUCCUAAGCAAGAGCAUGAGUUUCCUCUUCUUUCUUGGGUGAAGUUUGUAAGCUCUUUCAAAGAAGAAGAUACAUUGGAACUGGCAAGAACCAUUCUCCAACAUGUACUGAAGCAGACAACACAGGAGACCUGUCAACUAUGGGAGGGUAAAGGUUAAUACAAAACUCUCCAGACACAGUCAAUAUUAGCUAUCCAUUUGAAAAAGAAAAAAGAUCCGCUGAAUAUUGAAAUGUUGUAAUACAAACUACUAGUCAUCCCACUGUGUAAAGACUAUAUAUAAAAGUAAACCAGAAAACCUUGUAUAUCCAAUUCCAAAUCAUAUUAGAUCCAUCCAUGACCAUUUCCAGGUUCUGUUA